UUCCCUACAGGUGGCAGUUUUGGCGAUGAAUGGGUGCAUGGAAGCCAAUUUAGCACUACACGAGGCGCUGCGCGAAAGCGCGGGUAAGAGUAGGAGUCUAGCGGCAGCCUUUAUCGACAUUUCCAAGGCUUUUGACUAUCUGUCGUUCGAUACGAUCCUCCGUAGUGCACGGUCCUUUGGAGCUCCACCACUAUUGAUGACAUAUAUCCGAAACAUAUAUACGUGUGGUGAAGCCAUUCUGUAUAAUUGCUCCAUUCAUAACCGACGCGGCGUACGUCAAGGAGAUCCACUGUCCCCAAUUCUCUUCAUCAUGGCCAUGGAUAAGGUAUUGCUGGCGGCAGACCCGUCUAGUGGUUUUCCAUUGGGAUCAACAGUGCGUGACGCCGUUGCUUAUGCCGAUGAUCUUGUUCUUUUUGCAGAGGACAGUAGUGGCUUGUCUGCAAAACUGACUGCCGCCGACGCCGCUCUGGCUCGAGCUGGUAUGUUGGUAAAUAUCAAGAAAUCAAUGUCGAUGACGAUCCUGGCUAAUCGAAAGGUGGGUAACACUGCCUUGGCACCAAUUGUUUACCGUCUAGAGGAGGAGUCUCUACUGUUGAUGGAAGUGGAUACGGUAGUCCGGUACCUUGGUCUGGAAUUCUCUUGGAGAGGGAAAACCGGGGGGUUGAUUGGUCAGGAACUGGUCACUUACCUGAACCGGAUCACACGGGCGCCGUUGAAGCCAUGUCAGCGAAUGGAGAUUCUUUUGAUAUUUUUAGUACCAGAGUUCCUACACCAGUUGGUUCUGCAAACCGUAAAACGACGAGUUCUUCGUCGUCUGCAUGUCCAGAUCCGAGGCGCUGUCAGAAGGUGGCUUAAGCUACCUAAGGAUGCGGUCAAUGGGCUUCUACACACACCCUCAAAGGCCGGUGGACUCGGUAUUCCAUGUCUUUCUGUGUUGGUACCUCUGUUGCAGCGGGAACGGUUCGCCAAGUUGGUCGGUUCGCCGCAUUCUACUGUGAGAGAGGUGGCAAUGCAGGAGGGCCAAGCGCGCAUACUCCAUGCGGUUAACCAGCCCGUCAGUGUAGGUGGAAUUGUGGUGUGCACGAAGGAGGAGGCCGCAGCUGCUUGGAGAGCGUUGUGGUUGUCGAGUUCAGACGGGAGGGAUCUGGCUAUUGAACCUAUGGGCGUGGAGUCCACCUCAUGGGUAUCCCAUCCUGGUAAAAUGUUCUCCCGACUGUAUAUCCGUUCCAUCCAAUUGCGCGCAGGGUGUUUGUACACACAUGUCAGGAGUAGCCGGGGAGCCCGCUUGGUUGAAGUGAAUUGUUCGGGGGUGUGUGUGGGGAGCCCGAGUCUAAACACAUCCUUCAAACGUGUGCUAAGACGCACAAGGCUAGGAUUCUGCGCCAGAACAAGGUGGCUAAGAAGCUAG